UUUCGCAUUUUCUGACAGCAUGUUUAGUUUUAUUUACGUAUGUUCUGUGAAAAACAAAGUUCAUUCCGACCUCUCGGUUCCAAUAACUUUAGUGUCUCGCGUAAUUUUUUUUUUCAGACUAAUAUACAGAAUAUAGAAGAAUUAAAAAUAUCAGUACUAUUAAUUAAUUGUACAUUUAUAAAUAUAUAUUUUCUAUUGAAAAAUGAGGUACGCUCAGUUAGUAAUGGGCCCAGCUGGCAGUGGCAAGUCCACUUAUUGUAAAAUUAUGCAAGAACAUGCUACCAAUGCAAGAAAAACUGUAGAUGUUGUGAAUUUAGAUCCUGCAGCAGAACAUUUUGAUUAUGAGCCUUUAGCGGAUAUAAGAGAUUUAAUUCAGUUAGAUGAUGCCAUGGAAGAUGAUGAAUUCAACUUUGGGCCCAAUGGUGGACUUGUAUUCUGCAUGGAGUACUUAAUCGAAAAUACAAAAUGGCUGGAAGAAAAAUUAGGUGACGUAGAUGAUGAUUAUAUAAUAUUUGAUUGUCCAGGGCAAAUUGAGUUGUACACACACAUGACUGUGAUGCGACAACUGAUAACCAUCCUGCACAAUAUGAAUUUUCGUAUAUGUGGAGUAUUUCUGAUAGAUGUCCAAUUCAUAAUAGAUGCUUCUAAAUUUCUGUCUGGUACUCUGGCCACCCUUAGCGUAAUGAUAAACUUGGAAAUUCCACAUAUUAGUAUUCUUAGCAAAAUAGACUUGCUGUCAAAAAGUGCACGGAAAAGAUUGGACAAUUAUAUCGAUCCCGAUCCACAUAGUUUAUUAGCAGAUACAGAAGGAGAUCCGUGGAACGAAAAGUAUCGCAGUCUUACAGAAAGUCUAGGUAAAAUCAUAGCGGAUUAUAGCUUAGUGCACUUUUUGCCGUUAAAUAUCAAGGAUGAGGAAAGUAUUGCAGAUAUAAAAUUAACGAUUGAUAACACCAUACAAUAUGGUGAGGAUGAAGAUGUGAAAACGAGAGACUUUGAUGAACCAUGUCAAGAGGAUGAAUCUUAAUCAUUAUGCAAAAUGAAAAAAAAAAAGUUAUUUUACACAUUGCAUGUAUAGUGUAUUUAUAAAACCAAUUUACUAAAAAAAAAUUAAAAAAUAGUAUUGCAAGCACAA